UUAGUAGUCAGUGGGUCAGAGUAGAUGGUGCCCAUGGCAACCACAGAAGGGUGUCUUGUGGCCAGCACCAACAGAGGUUGCAAGGCCAUUCUUAUGAGUGGUGGGGCCACAAGCAUUCUUCUCAGAGAUGGCAUGACUAGGGCUCCUGUUGUGAGGUUUCAGAGUUCCAAGAGGGCUUCAGAGCUCAAGUUCUAUAUUGAGGAUCCUGCAAACUCUACUAACCUCUCUGAUAUCUUCAACAGGACAAGCAGAUUUGCUAGGCUACAAGGUAUAAAAUGUGCAAUUGCAGGCAAGAAUUUGUACAUGAGAUUCUCAUGUUUCACUGGAGAUGCCAUGGGCAUGAAUAUGGUCUCCAAGGGUGUUGAGAAUGUCUUGGAUUAUCUUCAAAAUACGUUCCCUGACAUGGAUGUUAUCAGCGUUUCUGGCAAUUUCUGUGCAGACAAGAAGCCCGCGGCAGUGAACUGGAUUGAAGGGCGUGGGAAAUCGGUAGUGUGCGAGGCCAUCAUAACAGAGGCGGUUGUUAACAAGGUGUUAAAGACGACAGUUCCAGCAUUGUUGGAGCUGAACAUGCUAAAGAACUUGACUGGGUCUGCAAUGGCAGGUGCCAUGGGAGGAUUCAAUGCCCAUGCUGCCAACAUUGUGUCAGCUGUGUUCAUUGCAACAGGCCAAGAUCCUGCACAAAAUGUGGAGAGCUCCCACUGUCUUACAAUGAUGGAAGGGGUGAACGGGGGAAAAGACCUGCACAUUUCGGUUACCAUGCCAUGCAUUGAAGUGGGGACGGUGGGAGGAGGGACUCAGUUGGCAUCACAGGCGGCAUGCUUGAACAUGCUUGGAGUGAAAGGAGCAAAUGCUUCAUCUCCUGGAGAAAAUGCUCAGAACUUGGCAAGAAUAGUGGCAGCAGCAGUUUUGGCAGGAGAGCUGUCUCUCAUGUCUGCCCUUGCUGCCGGUCAGCUGGUGAAAAGCCAUAUGAAGUAUAACCGAUCAAGCAAAGACGUGAAAGCAGCAGCUUAAACAGAAUAGAUCAAAUUCACCUCCGCAGGAAGUGUAUAGGCAUACACAUCAUUCUGUGGAAAGUGAGAACUUAGAACAUGUAUCCCUCUUGGAGUUCCAUAUCCUAGCCCUCCCACAUUAGGGAUGUGUUUAAGAUAUGCU